AUGACUUUUUCGUUUAAUUUUGCACUGGAGGAUGACUCGACGACGACGACGACGACAACGUCAUCAAUAUCUACAACCCUAUCUACCCCCUCCAUCCCCUCGAAACGUUUACGUAACGGUGAAAGAUUUAUUUAUCAUCCAAAUGCCACGUCUAUGGCCUUCUCUCCCGUCCACGUAGGAACUCAAACGUUUCAGAUCGUCAACACGACGGACGCAAAUUUUGUGACACGCACAGGCGUCAUCAGUUCGAUCUUGAUCACGUCAGACGUCCAGACGAAUGUGUACGAAGGCGGUUUCAAGCUCUGGGAAUGCGCGUUGGAUCUUGUCAAAUUUGUAGAGAUGGAGGACACUCCAAUGGCUACGACAGUAUUGGAAUUGGGUUGUGGUCAUGGUUUACCAGGCAUUCACGCAUUAUUACGAGGAGCAGAGAGAGUCACGUUUAGUGACUAUAAUAAGGAGGUACUUGAACUUACGACGUGUCCCAAUGUGCUGCGGAAUGUGGACAAGCAGUUGUUCAAGAAAGCCGAUUUCUAUGCGGGAGCGUGGAGUAGCAUGUCUCGAUACAUGGAGGAAGUGGAGCAGCAAACACACGAGCAGAUGCAGUUUGAUCUUAUCUUGACGGCUGAGACCAUCUACACGGAAGCUGUGGCAGUGGAGCUGUACCAGACAAUCAAGCGGCAUUUGCGUCGUGCAUCAAACGCUCGGGCGUUGGUUGCUGCCAAGAAGUACUACUUUGGGACGAAUGGCAGUGUGCAGCAUUUCGUCGGUCUUGUGCAAGCGGACGGGGUUUUUCGAGCUGAAACGGUAUGGGAAGAGCGCGACGGUCGGUCGAAUAUGCGCGAGAUUGUGCAGCUUACAUACUUGGAUGCAGCAUUAUAG